UUCGUUUCAUUUUCCGACACUUGUAGCCACACGUCUGAGCGCGAGCGCUGCGUCUUGCUCGCUCACUGUACUGACGUCAAACCAGCAUGGCGGUCAAGGUGCAAUCUACCAAACGCGGGGACCCAAGUGAGCUUAAAGCAAUCUUCCAGCAGUAUGCCAGUGUAGAGGGCAAGGAUGGAGAGAGGUUCAUGACCCCAGGAGACUUUGUCCAGAGGUAUCUAGGACUACAUACACAGAUUCACCACAACCCCAAAACUGUUCAGCUCAUUGCUGCUGUGGCUGACACCACAAAGGACGGGCUGAUUUCAUUCCAGGAGUUUCUUGCAUUUGAAUCUGUGUUGUGUGCACCGGACGCUCUCUUCAUAGUAGCUUUUCAACUGUUUGACAAGUCUGGAACUGGAGACAUUUCCUUUGAAAAUGUGCAGGACAUCUUCAGCCAGACCACAGUGCACCACCAUAUUCCUUUCAACUGGAACUGUGAGUUCAUCCGUCUACACUUUGGACACGACCGCAAGAAACACCUCAACUACCUUGAGUUCACCCAGUUCCUGCAGGAGCUGCAGUUGGAGCAUGCACGCCAGGCAUUUGCCCAAAAGGACAAAGGCAAGAAUGGUGUCAUCUCUGCCCUGGACUUCAGUGACAUUAUGGCCACUAUCAGACACCACAUGCUCACCCCUUUUGUGGAGGAGAACCUUGUCUCGGCUGCCGGAGGAAGUACCUCUCACAUGGUCAGCUUCUCUUACUUCAAUGCCUUCAAUUCCCUCCUGAACAACAUGGAGCUUAUUCGCAAGAUUUACAGCACACUGGCUGGCACGCGGAAGGACACGCUCGUGACCAAAGAGGAGUUUGUUCAUGCAGCCAACAAGUUUGGUCAGAUCACUCCUAUGGAAAUUGACAUCCUUUAUCAGUUAUCAGGCCUGCACUCUCCCUCUGGGCGCCUGAACCUUGCUGACAUUGACAGGAUAGCUCCACUAGAGGAGGGGUGCCUGCCCUAUCACCUGGCUGAAAGCCAGAAACAGGCCCACGGAGAUACUUCAAGGUCUGUGUGGCUCCAAAUUGCAGAGUCCGCCUACAGGUUCACCCUGGGCUCCAUUGCUGGAGCCACGGGGGCAACAGCUGUGUACCCCAUUGAUUUGGUAAAGACUCGUAUGCAGAAUCAGAGGUCCACCGGAUCCUUUGUUGGCGAGUUGAUGUACAAGAACAGCUUUGACUGUGCUAAGAAGGUGCUGCGCUACGAGGGCUUCUUUGGCUUCUAUAGAGGUCUGGUUCCUCAGCUCAUAGGUGUGGCACCAGAGAAGGCUAUCAAACUUACAGUGAAUGACUUUGUAAGAGAUAAGUUUACCGAAAAAGAUGACACAAUUCCUCUCUUCGCUGAGAUCAUGGCGGGUGGCUGUGCUGGAGCCUCUCAGGUGAUCUUUACCAACCCUCUGGAGAUUGUGAAGAUCCGCCUGCAGGUUGCAGGUGAGAUCACCACUGGACCUCGAGUCAGUGCACUGAGUGUGGUCCGUGACCUGGGCUUCUUCGGUCUCUAUAAGGGUGCUAAAGCUUGUUUUUUAAGGGACAUCCCCUUCUCAGCCAUCUAUUUCCCUGUGUACGCCCACACAAAGACUCAACUAGCUGAUGAACAAGGCAGGCUGGGACCUUUGCAGCUUCUCAGUGCUGGAGCAAUCGCAGGUAUUCCUGCUGCCUCCCUUGUGACACCUGCUGAUGUCAUUAAGACACGUCUACAAGUUGCGGCAAGGGCAGGGCAGACCACCUACUCUGGAGUCAUCGAUUGCUUCAAGAAGAUUUUGAGAGAGGAAGGUUUCAGAGCUUUGUGGAAGGGAGCUGGAGCUCGUAUGUGCCGAUCUUCUCCUCAGUUUGGAGUGACUCUGGUGACUUAUGAACUCUUGCAACGGUGGUUCUACGUUGAUUUUGGCGGACAUCGUCCAGCUGGAUCCGCACCCAAACCCAAGUCUCGAAUCUCAGAGCUUCCUCCCAUCAAUGUGGACCACAUUGGAGGUUAUCACCUGGCUGCAGCUACCUUUGCUGGGGUGGAGAAUAAAUUUGGACUCCACCUUCCCAAAUUCAAGUCGUCCGGUGUGGCUUCCAUACAUCACCCAGCUCAAGCACCGUAGAGGUCUCGAUAUCCAUAUCAUUUCAUCAUCCCUCUCCACCAUUACCAGGAGCCAGACACUCAGAUAGACACACAAAUGAAGCACACACUCCACAAAAAGAGGCCACUGUCUUAGGAACAAACACCACUGGCCCAUUACUCUCUUCAGGGUAAAAGGUGUGCUUCAGUGGCCACUAGCCAGCCAUAGAGGUGGAGAGCUGCCUGCAGCUGUACAACAGAGCAGACAGAGAUGGGGACCAGAAUCUCUGUGUUCAAUCUUCAGUGGCUGUAUGCUCCUGGCAGCUUCAUCUUUUCUCUUCUCAAAACGGAGCCUUGGGCACUCGUCUAUCUCUCAUGAUAUGAUUUUCAUUUUGUUUUCUGUCUGAUACUCAGUAUGAGCAGGACUUCUCUUCUUGGACAGAGGGUAUAGGAAAUAUUAGAUUGAUCUGCACGGUAUGUGGGGCUUCACUGUCAACCUGUCCUCAUUCAGGAGGUUUGAUACUGUACAUAUUGUAUAACUGUACUGAUCAGAUGUUACAAGAGAGCUCCAUAACAUUCAGUCAACAUCACGGUUCAGUAACUGUAAUGUUAUGGCACUGUGGGGCUUUGGGCCCUCGCCUCUGAGAAUCACUCUUACUGAUGUACAGAACUUUUCAAGUGUUUUCUUGAUUAAAAAGAAGAAUCAUGAACAGAGAAUUAGUACUUAAUAAAUUAAGUGUAUCUCAUUUGAGUCAUUGUAUUUUAAUGAAAUAAAUAAUCCAUAUGGUUUUAAUUUUA